GACCAGCCUCAGCCUAGCAGGCCUUAUCUCCAGCUGGUUAUUAUUUGAUGAAAGAGCCUUCCUCCUCCCGUGGUGUUUCAAAAACAUGCGGAGAGUCUUUGCUGUGGUGGGUGGGCUGUCUCUGAGGUUACUGCAGAACACCCAAAGUCCUCUGGCCGCGGGCCUACAGACAAGCACACAGAAGAGCUCCUUAUUCACCCGCAGCCUGGAACUGUCUUCUCCAGAAUCUUGAUCAGCUUUGCUAAUCAACGGAUUGGGAAGAAGUCCCCAAUCACCAGAGUCAAGGAUACAGGCAGCAGCGUGCUCCUCUUGUUGUGUGGUCGUUCUGCACCGGAAGCUGAUAGCUGAGGGCUGAAUUUUUAUUUUGUACAGAAGAACUGUCAUCCCAGGUGCAUUGCUUUACCGUUCUCUCCCUUUGAUCUAAUGGCACAUGAUACGGGAGUUACGCUUCGUGACAUGGAUGAACCUGGAGUGACGGUUAGCACAAUCGAUGUUUCUUACUUGCCAAAUUCAUCAGAGUACAGCCUUGGCCGCUGCAAACACACAAAUGAGGAGUGGGCUGAGUGUGGCUUUCGACCUACCUUCUUCAGAUCUGCAACCCUAAAAUGGAAAGAAAGCCUCAUGAGCCGUAAGAGGCCAUUUGUCGGAAGAUGUUGUUACUCCUGCACUCCCCAGAGCUGGGAAAAAUUUUUCAACCCCAGUAUCCCAUCUUUGGGUUUGCGGAAUGUUAUUUAUAUCAAUGAAACUCACACAAGGCACCGAGGAUGGCUUGCAAGACGUCUUUCUUAUGUCCUUUUUAUUCAAGAGCGGGAUGUGCAUAAGGGCAUGUUUGCCACCAAUGUGACAGAAAAUGUGCUGAACAGCAGCAGAGUGCAAGAGGCAAUUGCUGAGGUGGCUGCUGAAUUGAAUCCUGAUGGUUCUGCCCAGCAGCAAUCCAAAGCUGUCCAAAAAGUGAAAAAGAAAGCCAAAAAGAUCCUUCAAGAGAUGGUUGCCACUGUCUCACCGGGGAUGAUCAGACUGACUGGGUGGGUUCUGCUAAAACUGUUCAACAGCUUCUUCUGGAACAUUCAGAUUCACAAGGGUCAACUUGAGAUGGUUAAAGCUGCAACUGAGACAAAUUUGCCACUUAUAUUUCUGCCAGUCCAUAGAUCUCAUAUUGACUAUCUGCUACUCACUUUCAUUCUUUUCUGCCAUAACAUCAAAGCACCAUAUAUUGCUUCAGGCAAUAAUCUCAAUAUCCCAAUCUUCAGUACCUUGAUCCAUAAGCUUGGGGGCUUUUUCAUACGUCGGAGGCUUGAUGAAACGCCAGAUGGGCGGAAAGAUAUUCUCUAUAGAGCUCUGCUCCAUGGGCACAUAGUUGAGCUACUCCGGCAACAGCAGUUCUUGGAGAUUUUCCUGGAAGGCACACGGUCCAGGAGUGGGAGGACCUCCUGUGCUCGGGCAGGACUUUUGUCCGUGGUGGUCGACACUCUGUCUAGCAAUACAAUCCCAGACAUCUUGAUAAUACCUGUGGGAAUCUCCUACGAUCGGAUAAUUGAGGGUCACUACAAUGGCGAACAACUGGGCAAGCCUAAGAAGAAUGAGAGCCUUUGGAGUGUAGCAAGAGGUGUUAUUAGAAUGUUACGAAAAAACUAUGGAUAUGUCAGAGUGGAUUUUGCCCAACCGUUUUCCUUAAAGGAGUAUUUAGAAAGUCAGAAUCAGAAGCCCGUGUCUGCUCCCCUCACUCUGGAGCAAGCGUUGUUACCAGCUAUCCUUCCUGCAAGACCUAAUGAUGCUGCUGCUGAAGGCAUAGACAUGUCCAGCAACGAGGCCCGCAAUGCAGCGGAUGAAGCCUUCCGAAGAAGGCUGAUUGCAAAUCUGGCUGAGCACAUUCUGUUCACUGCUAGCAAGUCCUGUGCCAUCAUGUCCACCCACAUCGUGGCCUGCCUGCUUCUCUACAGACACAGACAGGGAAUCGAUCUCUCCACAUUGGUAGAAGACUUCUUUGUGAUGAAGGAGGAGGUUCUGGCUCGUGAUUUUGACCUGGGGUUCUCAGGAAAUUCAGAAGAUGUUGUCAUGCAUGCCAUACAGCUCCUGGGGAACUGUGUCACAAUCACUCACACCAGCAGGAAUGAUGAGUUUUUUAUUACUCCCAGCACAACUGUCCCAUCCGUCUUUGAACUCAACUUCUACAGCAACGGGGUACUUCAUGUCUUUAUCAUGGAGGCUAUCAUAGCCUGCAGCCUGUACGCAGUUCUGAAUAAGAGGGCCUCGGGAGGGCCCACCGGCCCCUCUGGCAGCAUGGUGAGCCAGGAGCAGUUGGUGCGGAAGGCUGCCAGCCUGUGCUAUCUGCUCUCCAAUGAAGGCACCAUUUCUCUCCCCUGCCAGACGUUUUACCAAGUUUGCCAUGAAACAGUAGGAAGGUUUAUUCAGUACGGCAUCCUUACAGUGGCAGAGCAAGAUGAGCAGGAAGAUAUCAGUCCUGGUCUUGCAGAGCAGCAGUGGGACAAGAAGCUUCCGGAGCCUUUGUCUUGGAGGAGUGAUGAAGAAGAUGAAGACAGUGAUUUUGGUGAGGAGCAGCGAGAUUGCUACCUGAAGGUGAGCCAGUCCAAGGAGCACCAGCAGUUCAUUGCCUUCCUGCAGCGGCUCCUUGGGCCCUUGCUGGAGGCCUACAGCUCUGCCGCCAUCUUUGUUCACAACUUCAGUGGUCCUGUUCCUGAGCCUGAAUAUCUGCAAAAGCUGCACAAGUACCUGCUAACCAGGACAGAAAGAAAUAUUGCAGUUUAUGCCGAGAGUGCCACAUACUGUCUCGUGAAGAAUGCUGUGAAGAUGUUUAAGGAUAUUGGGGUUUUCAAAGAGACCAAGCAGAAGAGAGUAUCUGUUUUAGAACUGAGCAGCACUUUCCUACCUCAAUGCAACCGGCAGAAACUGCUAGAGUAUAUCCUGAGCUUUGUGGUGCUGUAGGUGAAGGGCUGGAGAGAGCCCCUCGCAUGCUCAUCCUCUGGCCUCACGCCCAAACGCCCUCGCAUGACCAGGCCUGCCCUGUGCUGAGGUGACUUUCCGGAAGACAAGUGCCUUCUCCCUCUGUGGACUGUGCUCGUCGCGGCCCGAGACGCAGUGGCCUGUGGAUAACACUGUGGAGGCCUCUGGCCUCUGUCUGCAGCCCGUAAUCAGUAGGUUUCUAGAUGACGUCUCAAUAAAUUAUUUUGAAGUUUAUUAAAGAUUUACAUUUUAAGUACAACUUUUAAGGACUAAUUGCUGUGAUGGACACAGAAGUAUGUGCUAGAACUGAAUCCUGUGUAGGAUUCAUGAUGCUGUUGGGUAAUUCAUUGUUAUAUUUUCUGAUUAAUGGUUAUUAUCUCCUUUAAAAAUAAUGGAAUCAUCCAUUCACUCUUUUUCAAUCUUACAUUUGUCAAUAACGGCUGAAUUCCGAAUGGGAACCCAGAGCACCUUGUAGAUGAAUGGGCUGGGGACGUUGUGCCCAGGUAUUAGUGCAGUGUUCUUUGCAGUCAGAUUUAGGAAGCAUUUAAGAGCUACAUGAAAACAGGCAGUAUUAGUGUAGGUCAGGAAUUGAGAGAUUGUUAUCAGCUAGCCAACAUCAGGAGAUAAAUUUGGCUGGCAAAAUUCAAGGUAAAGCUGGGCAUGGUGACGCACGCCUGUAAUCAUAGCACUUGGGAGGCUGAGGCAGGAGGAUCAUUGAAAGUUUGAA